AUGGUUCGACUCCGUUCUAGUGGACUGAGUAAGCGAUCCUUAGCACUGAAUUUUUUAGACUUGGUCGCACUUUGUGUGUGCUUGCAUGGUCUUUAUGGUACCACUUCGUUGACAUUACCCCCACACCUCAAGCCAGCAGGCCAAUUCCAGUUCCUCACCAACUUAUCACUGUUGUUGACCUGUCUCGUGCUAUUUUUCGACUUGGUCUUUCCAUUCAAUGUGCCGUCCAUUUUGUUGGUAACUGUGUUUAACUUGGAGUUUGUAGUGUGUUCUGCUUACUGGACGUUACUCUUCUUCUUUUCGCAUUUUCUUAACGCGGGGACGUUUGAGGUUCUGUUACUAUUAGACUUGGAAAUCCACCUCUUUCCAUACUUUGCUCUAGCGAUUGCAACGGCUAAGCGAAGAGGACGUGCGAAGGUUUCUUUUUCCCUAUCUACAGCUAGCACAUUCUUGGCUUUGGCCUGUUACUUCUCCUAUAUUGAGUAUAUGGCUACCUUUUACAAGGUCAGGUACCCAUACCCAUUUUUGAAUGGUAUCACAUUUCCAGCUAGAGCUGCCUGGAUGACAGGAUUUGCAUUGGUUGCAAGUUUUAAUCAUUGGAUUCAUCGGGUAUUGUGA